CCCUGUCAUCAGACAGGAAGCGUAAAGGCUGCUGGAAAGAUGAGAUUCCGGUUUUGUGGUGAUCUGGAUUGCCCUGAUUGGGUUUUAGCUGAAAUCAGUACUCUUGCUAGAAUAUCCUCCAUUAAGCUGAAGCUGAUUUGUGCUCAGGUGCUAAAGGAACAACUUGGAGAGAAGAUUGAUUAUGAAAAGAUUUUGAAGCUGACAUUAGAUGCUCGUUUGGAGUCUGGCGAUAUCAAAGCCACAGUUGCUGUCCUGUGCUUUAUUCUGUCAAGUGCAGCCAAGCACAAUGUAAGCAGUGACAAUUUGUCUAGUGAGCUCCAGCAACUGGGACUGCCAAAAGAACAUGCUGCAUCAUUAUGUAGAUCUUAUGAAGAGAAGCAAAAUGCUCUGCAAGAGACACUGAGGGAGAACAGCUUACGAUUGAUGCGCUUGUCCUCGCUGAGCUGGCGAGUUGACCAGACGCUUAGCUCUAGUGUUGUACAGCAAGUGAAUGAGCCACUUGUGCACCUAAACCUAUGUGUGACCGAUACUUACAGUUCCAAACCUGUCACCGUUACUAUGUCUGCCAUGAAACUAAGAGUACUAUUGACAGAAAUGAAGCAAGCCUUGGAAAUUAUGAAUGCGCUAAACUAAGACUACUAAAUCCACAAUUCUUCGAAACAGAUUCUGGCACAGGGAGACCUUGCUAAGAAUGAUGGAAGAGAAGAUUCCAA